AUUUGCCUUGCCCGCGGCCGGCUGACACCCUCGUGUCCGAAAGCAGAUCCAAAGGCAGCAGCAGCGGCAGCAGCAGCAGCAGCAAAGGGGGGAGCCGCAGCUGCUGCAGCAGAUUCGCCCCCCUGCUGUACCCUGGGGGGCCCCCCAUUACAAACCAAACCAGGGGGGCCCCCCUUGAGUUCCUCGAGGGCCCCCAAAGAUAAAAGCAAAAGGCGCAGCAACAAAACUAAACGCCGCAGUCCCAGCCCUGAGUACCCUGGGGGCCCCCUGAGGGGCCCCCUUGGGGGCCCCCUUAGGGGGCCCCCAGGGGGCCCCCUUACGGGACCCCCUGGGGGCCCCUUGGGGGCCCCGAAAGCAAAGGUAAGGGGACACAAGAGGGAAAGUAGAAGCGGAUUUGGUAGUUUUGUAAAUGGCAAAACUAGAGGAUGGCCCAGCAGCAGGUCCAGCAGCAGCAGCAGCAGCAGGAGCAGCAGCAGCUGCAGCAGCAGGGAGCAGCGGCGGCGCAAGGCGCAGCAGCGACAGAAGCACUUGAAGCUUUCAAGUCCUUUAAGACAAGGAAGAACCCACGAGGAAAUCAGAGACAGAGAGGAUCCUCCUGUGGAUGGUUUUAUGAGGAAUCUUGUGGGAUUGGAAACGAACGAAAUGAAGGAAAUUUUGCUCAAGCUGUUAGAUUGCAGAAGACUAGAAACUCAAAUCCAAUACGACCUGCAGCAGUUGCAGCUCUGCGACUCUCUCCUUUCCCAAGCAAACGCCUCUAAACGGGGGGCCCCUGGGGCUCUUUCGGGGGCCCCCUCUCCCUCGGGGGCCUCUGGGGUCCCCGGGGCCCAUAAGAACCCUGGGGCCCCCAAGGCCCCGGCGGCCCCUGGCGUUCCUGGGGCCCUUAAGGCCCCUGGGACCCCUGCAGCUUUUGGGGCCCCUGGGACCAUUGGGGUCCCUGGCGUCCCUGGGGCCCCUAAGGCCCCUGGGGCCCCUGGGGCUCCUGCAGCUUUUGGCGCCCCUGGGACCAUUGGGACCCCGGGGGCCCUUGGGGCCCCUGGGACCAUUGGGGCCCCUGGGGCCCUUGGGGCCCCCGGUACCAUUGGGGCCUUUGGGGCCCUUGGGGCCCCUGGGACCAUUGGGGCCCCUGGGAUGCCCACAGGGGGCCCCAAAGGAGCCUUGGGGGCCCCUAUGGGCCCUUCGUCAGCCUUAGUUCAAUCACAGCAAGAGCAACAAAGUCUGAAACGGGCUCCUUCGAUCAAGGUCGCUAAGCAGCAGCAGCAGCAGCAGCAGCAGCAGGCCAAGAAUGCCAACAACCAAGGGGGCCUCUCGCUGGUUGACGCUGCACUUAUUGUGGGCCUACACCCCGCGGGGCUUUAA